AUGCCUUUCACUUGCAGCGACAUUGUCAAGAUCAUCCUUGCCAUCUUCCUCCCACCUCUUGGUGUCUUCUUGGAGCGAGGUUGCGGCGCUGACUUCUGGAUUAACGUCCUUUUGACAAUCCUCGGUUACCUUCCCGGUAUUAUCCACGCUCUCUACAUCAUCUUCAAGUACUGA